UCUUACCGUAACAAUAUGGGUAUCAAAUGAAAACUAGUGAAGACCAUUUCAAAAUUAUAUAUGUAGCAGCAGAAUUUUUUGUAUUUAUAAUUAAUUACUUGUUAAUGAUGUGAUUUCCAGUGAGUUUUCUAUUCUGGCCUAUGCUAUUGUGAAAAACGGUCUGCUAUUUGUGUAACCAAAUGUGUGAAAGCCGUGAAAGGGCAACGCACUGAUAGCCUAAUUGAAUUAGAUUGGGUUUGAAUCGACAGUAGCCGAAUGCACGCUUGGGACAACAACUAUCUUGAAUAAUGUCACUAAUAAAAUAAUGCAGGGCCGAGCGCAUCUUGGAGUUGAUCCAAGACUUGAUACGUAUGUGACCAUUAGGUGUGAAGAGCAUACACCACUCCACUUUCAGUGGCUGUGAUGUGACGCACAUAAACGCCACUAACUCUAAUUCUAAUAUUCUCUGAUCUAAUCAAAUCGUACACUUAAUGCCAACUCUAUAAAGGCGUUAUAAACACAAUUUCCCUAUCAAUUACACGUUUAACUAGACAACAUUUGCAUGACUCAAUGAUAAUUUAAGAGGAAACAUUCAUACAUCGAUUGAUCCUCUGUAACCCUUCUAAAUUUACUUGCAAAACAACAUUUGCAUUCGGUUCGAGAUUAUGAACGACCGUUAUCAUUCGAUCGGAACGAUAAAUAUCGUCUGAUGGGUGAAUGCCGAAUCGGCCCGACUGGCGAGGUUCCUGCCGACGACUUACUCUAUUUGCGAUGCUAUGCCGCAGCGCACGCAGCCGAAGUUGGCAAAAAUUAAAUAAAUUCAAGCGGUCGCACGCAACUGGGCCUCGCCUGGUGAACGUGACGCGACCAAUACUUUGCUAUAUUCACUAUCUUUUGUCACACGUAACGUCGGUUAAUGCGAGUAAUCCUGUUGUAAUGUACGAUCGACCUCGAAAAUCGCUGGACGCUUUAGUUAGCACAUUGUAAUUUUUUGAAUUGACAAUAGUACAUAUUAAACCUGACAGAGGUAUUGCAGUUAUAGCAAACUCCGAGGCCAACAGAAGAGCAGAUUUUAAUUUCUUUAUUGUCUCUAUAUCUGCUGUAAUCCGUUUGUUGUUGGUUUGUUGCAUCUUAUGAAACUAAGCCUUUGUUGACAUCGUGAUUGCGACCGGCACGGUAUAUAGCACACUGGUGCAAAGUGCAACCAGCAUUAUAAGUACCUCCGUUGUUUAUGCUGUAACCAAGGCAGUUUAACUUACAUUUUGUUGUGCCUAUAGUACCUAGUGUUUGUCGAGUUUGUACCUGGAGCGUAGUCUGUGGCUGGGCACAGCGCGUCACGCGAGUUUACUAAGCGAAUUAUUUUAUUAACCUUACAACCGUUACACCAGAUAUUAAUGACCAUUUUAUCGUACCUGUCGUUAACAUGCACUUCAGCUUAACAUUAAUGUGCGUAAAAUUACUUUCGUGGUAAACGACGAACAACAAACUCUUAGUAUCUAACUAAGAACAAAAAAAAAUAAACAAACCAUAAUAAUUGUUAAUUAAUAUAUGUUCAUGUUAUUUACCUACUUAUUACAUUAAAGUAGACUUUAUUGUACUUUCUGUGGCUAUGCCUACGUAGGUAUACAUUAAAUUUAUGUACAACGUGUAAUCAAAUUAUUGCCAAGCCAUUUCAAGGCAACGUCCAUCUUCACAUGGAAUCUACAGUCACUUGACAGUCGAACGCGUGGAAUCUAACAAAAAAACUCGUGGGAAAACGCAACAGCAAUCAAUUUUUUUUAAAGAUCUCAUUGGUUAUAGAUUUGCGAGCGAAUGAUGCGAAUCCAUUCAGAUAAUCGUCUAGCGCGUCACGAGCCCGAUAUUCCCGUGACAAGCGGGUUGUUUACAGCAGGUGCACAACGCUGCCGCAUACGCCGUAGACGGCUGCGUAGCGGGCUGUAAGAUCUCGGACGCGUCAGAGCACGGGGUGAGAGCGAUCCGUCCGCGAAGGUUGCGCCCGUGACCGCGCCCGCCGGCCGCCGCGCCCGCAGUACCGUGCCGCGCUCGCUCCUCCUCGCACCUCCCAGCCCGAGGACCGCCAGACCAGUGUAGUGAUGUGCCCUUGCUGAUGAUGUGUGGCCGCCAGUGUGUGACAGUGCGCGCGAACCGCGCGAGGCCCCGGCCCAAGAGACCGUAGCCCGACAUGUGGAACUUGCUAGUGCCGUUGCUGGCCCUGGUCGCUUCCGGCGGUGGGGCCACCUUCGGAGCCAACAAAGCCCUGCUCGACUGCGCAAGCCAGAUCCUGUACCUGGAGCAACAAACGUACGACAUACCUUCAGACUAUAACAGAAACAUUCCACCUGGAAAGAACACAACCGUGUUCAUAGGGCUCAAUGUCAACCGUGUUUCGGGAGUCGAUGAGAAUAAGGAGUUUCUGUUCUUCAAGGAGAUAACACUGGACGUGUUCCUACAAGUGUCCUGGAAGGACCCUCGGCUAAAGGUGGGCCUGGAGUCCAUCGACCUGCCCUGGGAGUUCCGCCAGCUGAUCUGGACGCCGGACCUGUACAUCUGGCAGCUGCAGACCAUGCGGAUACUCUCUGUCUUGCAGGAGAUGGCCUCGCUCAGGCUUUAUAAGAAUAGCACCGUCUCAGUCAGUAUUGGCGCGACGAUAACAAUAAAAUGCGAGAUGGACUUCGUGUUAUACCCUUUAGACGUGCAAACCUGCAACAUUGAUUUUAGUAGCUACAAAUACACAUCGGAGUACGUGAGAUUCGAAUGGCGGGAGGUGCCUCCGUGGCUGGGCUGGCGGCUGGCCGGCGGGCAGCGCAACCAGUUCCGCUUGCCCAAAUACGUAGUCAGCUUCACUACGGACAAAAGUAAACAUAUUGCCCAAUAUGGUGAAGGCGAGCAUUCGGCAGCGCGGCUGCAGAUGACGCUGUCUCGCGAGCUGCGGGGGUAUCUCCUAGAGAGCUAUCUGCCCUCGUCGCUGUUCGUCAUCAUUUCGUGGGGCAGCUUCUGUGUCAUCCCCGAGAUCGUGCCCGGGCGCAUGGUCCUGCUUGUGACCACCCUGCUGUCGCUCGUCACCAUGUUCGACACAGUCAGUACAAACUCGCCCGACGCGCUCGAGCUGAAGUGUAUAGAGGUGUGGCUGAUCUCGUGCACGAUAUUCGUGUUCCUGGCGUUGCUCGAGUACUUCGUGGUGCUGUUCGGCAUCCGCUACGACAAGAGCUGGUGUCGCCGCCGAGCGGACAUGCGCCGCGCCGCCUCCGCCGCGCAACUAGCUCCACCCCCUGUACACGUCAACCAUUCUCAGAGGUUGAGUUGCACUCCCGUGACAGGCACCCCACAGGGCGGAAUGUUCUCGCCGACCCUCAGUGUGGAGGACGAAGGACUCAAGCAGCAGCUCGACCAUCAGACCAUUUCGAGGGACUCGCCGCCGAUGAUGGAGACGCUGGGCGGGCGCGCCGCGCAGGGUGCGCUGGCGCGGGUGGGCGCGUGCAUCGACAAGGGCAUCAUGUUCUGCGGCGCGCAGCACGGCACGCUCGACCGCAUCGCGCUCAUGCUGUUCCCCUGCUGCUUCGUGCUCUUCACUAUCAUAUACUGGACCACGUACCUAAGUGAAGUGCAUCGGCACCCGCCGAAGUGAAAGUGUCAAACGAUUUACGAUCACAUUGAAUGUGAAGUGCCUGUGCGAGACAUUGUGUGUUGUAAAUAUUGUUAGACAAAUGCUAGUCGAUUAUACAACAUUAGUUAUACUACUUACGAUCUACGUAAGCUAGGUUAAUUUUACAACGAAAUUAAAAAUAUUUAGAAUUAUCUUCAAGUGUUCCGUAAUAGUAUAAAAUACUUAGGAUAAUGUGAUAUAAUUAUAUCUUGCUAUUUCUUAUGUACUUACCUAUGCUUGACGACGCUGUAGGACAAUAUUUAAAUUACGAUAUGAAGAACAAAGGUGACUCCUACAUUUAUAAGUGUACAUAUCCUAAGUUUAGGUAUCGGCACGGAUUUUAAGUGAUGCUGAACUUGACAAUAUACCUACAAAUGGAAGUUUAAUUUUAACCUCUAUUUGUUAGGACCACGGUCGCUUUUUGAAAUGCCAACAGAUGUCACCGUUCAAGAUCCGUGACACAUUGUCUACUUACCAAAGUAGAUAUAAAGGUAUUAUGUACAUGCAAAUUGGAACAAUUAUUUACAACCGUCCAGAACCAAGCCUUGUGCCUUUGUAACAAAUAUAUAUAUGCUACAUACCUACAAACCCAUAUCAAUAGAUAUAUCCCUAAAACCAUGUGCCCUAAAAUUAGGUUUUAAUCCAGUUAGGAAAGGUUUUCUUGCUUCUGUGAAUUAUACGACAUACAAACGAUAUCUAAAUGAGAACUCAUCUAAACCAGAACUUAUUGUUAUCGUAUCUCAUUCUUCGAAUCGGGCCGAUAAAGUAUGAUACUAAUUUGGCGUCGAUAAACAAAUAAUAACUCACUUGGAGCUUAUAUUAACGUACUUUUUAUAUAAAUACCUCUCUACUAUAUUACUUAAUAAUUAUGUUUGUAAAAACGAGAUAUCAAUCUAAUUAUGUAAAAAAUAUUAGUUAAGUAUUGAACGCUCGCCUGUUCCGUAUUGUCUACCACACUAUUGCGAUCGAGUCUGGUUAAAAUGUACACCCAGCUGCAAAAGUUCAUACAUAUAUGAAUGGAAUUGAUUCAUAUGUGGGUAUGGACUUUUGCAGCUCGCUGUACCCAAAAGUCGUUUACCCACUACUGGUAAUUAACACAGACAGUGAUUAAUCAAAUAAAGUCAGAAACGAAUAUUCUAUAUAACUUUUGACCAUUAUAUCAACUUCAAGUGACUAUUCUUGUCAACUUUUUAUUUUUAAUAUUACUUAAGUACAGUCAGCAACAAUAAUAGCGGAUGAAACGCUCCUAAAGUAUCUGACACCCUGGAAAUAUUUUCUAUUAUAGAAAUAUUAUAUAUUAUAUACCUCUAUAUAAGCGGUGGUGGCCGAGUGGAUAUGACGUCCGACUUUCUAUCCGGAGGUCGCGGGUUCAAAUCCUGGCUCGUACCAAUGAGUUUUUUGGAACUUAUGUACGAAAUAUCAUUUGAUAUUUACCACUAGCUUUUCGGUGAAGGAAAAACAUCGUGAGGAAACCUGCAUACAUCUGCGAAGAAAUUCAAAGGUGUAUGUGAAGUCCCCAAUCCGCAUUGGGCUAGCGUGGGGACUAUAGCCCGAGCCCUCUCGCACAUGAGAGGAGACCUGUGCCCAGCAGUGGGACGUAUAUAGGCUGAAUUAUUAUAUAUAUCUCUACCGGUCUGGCCUAGUGGGAAGUGACCCUACCUAUGAAGCCGAUGGUCCUGGGUUCGAAUUCCAGUAAGGGCAUUUAUUUGUGUGAUGAGCACAGAUAUUUGUUCCUAAGUCAAGGAUGUUUUCUAUGUAUUUAAGUAUUUGUAUAUUAUAUAUAUAGCUGUCCGAAUACCCACAACACAAGCCGUCUUGGCCUACCGUGGGACUUAGUCAAUUCGUGUAAGAAUGUCCCUAUAAUAUUUAUUUACAGUUUGCAUUCUAAAGAAUCUGUUGCAGUCUAAUUAUUCCACAUACAGGGAUCAGUAUAGUUUUGAUAAGCUAUCAGAGAAUAUUGAUCGCGUACUCUGAUCCGUUACUCUUGGCGCUGAUUGUACAUAACGCUUGAGUGGUAGUGGGUUAGACAAUCUAAAAUACUUUAAGGGACCAUUAAACUUACUCGUACUUAUAUACUCGUAAGUCAGCUGCUUUGCGUGAUGGUGAAAUUAUCGUAAUAUUGUACACUGACGUCAAUAAUAACAUUACUUAAUGGCGCUAAAAUAUUUGCCAUCGGUACCCCUGGGAUUUUGAGUUUCCAAAACGUCCCGCUUGGCGCGCUGUUUCUAAAUUCCAUACAAAAUGAGACUUAACGCAAACGCGUACGUCACGUUUCGAUAUCGAAUAAAUUUACAAUAGGGGUUCUCUUAUCCUUUCAACGAACGAGUCUGACUUUAGUUUUCAAAGUGGCGAAACACUCUCGUCUCAGUCCCGCUUCAUGACCAAAUGAGAGGAGGCAAUAAGGUAGAGCCUCGGCUAAAGUCUCAAGAACCCUCAAACAAAAACCCGCUCCCAUACAAUCGUAAUUACGCUCUUAUUUUAAAACGACAAAUUGAAAUAAUAUAAAACUUGGCAUGAACGGUUUAUCAAUCAAUAUUUAUUUGCAAAUGAAAACAUUAUAUAAUGCAUGCAAAUACAAUUUUUAACGAACAUUACACCACUGGUAAUGUCAAAAUUAAUAAUUAAGAAUUAUAGUCUAUAAGUAAGAAUAAUAAAUUAAGAAUAAAAAUCUAUUACAAUCAAAAAAUAAAGUAGGUAUAAAAAGAAAUUAAAUUUUAUGUAUUUAAAUGUCAAUUAAUUAGAGAUUGGGAAUGAAACUAAGAAAUAAUGUGAAGAAAAAAAAAUAACAUGAUGAACAUAUACAACAAAAAUAGUGGGGAUCUGUUUAAGGGCAUGAUCGGUAUCGUGUACUGAUUAUAAAAAAAAUCAAAACUCUUUUGACACGAUAAUUUUUUUUUCUAUUGGACAGGUCGUCCAAUUCGGACAACCCUCCAUACAAACUUCGACUUUUUUUUUUACCGCGAUACCGCACGAACAGGAUACUAUUACGAUACUGCGUGAUACGAUUUUGUUAUCUAUGACUGGUAUUUGUUUCUGUUGCUAAAAAUUGCAAUAUAGGUUAUAAAUAAAAUAGAGCGUGUAGAAGUUUUCAAUGAAAAAUGUCUACUCGCUCUAUUUUCUUCGUAUUACAAUUGCUAGCAACGAAAACUAGUCCCAGACAUAGAAAUAUGUUACUUGAAUUACCAUGUCAAGUUUCAAAAUCGUUUUAAAAUGAAAGCGUGAAUUCGACUGACAUACAUCGAUGUCCCUUAUCAUUACUACGUCAAGAUACAUCCUAAUAAGAAAGCCUUCAUUAAUUCAACAUUGUUACUUAAACCGACGCUAAUUAGUUGUAGGUAAUAAUCCAGCCCCCUUUCAGUCUUAUAUUAAGGUCCGGCAGUAGUCAGGGCAGCGUGUGGGUAUCUACUUAAGCAUAAAACCCUACACAAGGAUAAUUACUAUAGAGAGAUAAAAACCCCUUGAUAUUAUCCUUGGUUGGUAAUCACUAAUCACCGAACCAGUCGAUUACAAUUCAAAUAUUGAUAAAAACAAGAAGGAUCGCCUGCGAGCGAUAAUUAUUUUUUAUAUUAAAAGGAAAAUGGGAAAAAUCACUUGCGACUUUUUGAAACACCAAUCCGAUCGCUCUUAACCAACCGAGCCACCGAAGCCUACCAGAAGCGUGCGAAUCUUUCCACUCCUUCCUAUUUUUCUUGUAAUAUAUAAAUUGAAAUACUUGGUUAUCACCCUGGUGCGAUUUCUGGAGUUUACGGUUAGCAGAAAACCAUCCGUUUGCUAUCUUGACCUUCAAAAAACUCUGAUCAGAGGGUUUGCUAUCCGGAUCCGAAAUGUAUGAAAUUAUCCGAAUCUGGAUCCGGAUCCACGGAUCAUCCCAUAUAUUUCAGACCCGUUGUGCAAACCCUAGUCCUGAAUAACAGUCAAAACGAGUAUUGGGAUCAAACUCCGAUUCUUAAUAUAAAUUGUAUUAUAAAAAAUAAUUGAUUAAAAUAAUUAUUUACGUAAUAAAUAACGUAGCCAGAGAUAUUUUUAUUAAAAUUUCGCUGAAUUCAGCGAAUUUGAUUGUAAAUAACUUUUAUAAUAAUGUAGUAAGACUGCUCAGUAAGAAUUUAUACUGUGUAGAUUAUGUACGUAAGUUUGUUUAAAAUCUUAUCGCUUAGAUUUAAAUUACAUUUAAGUUAAAUUAAGUUUUCCAAUCUAGUCAAAUAUUCAGUACUUAAUUUUGUAGUAAGCACCUAAUAUUGUUUUACAAAGUGUUUCAAUACGUGACCAAACCUGUGGAUUUAGCUAGAAGAUGAUUAUGCUAAAAGCUAUUUAUAUUAUAGCCAUAAUGAGACGUUAUACGUGCUGGGUAACAGCCAUUUUACAUUUAAGUGGGUGUCCGAAACGAUAUUGAUAUAGUCAACAAACAUUACAACAAUAAUAAUAUCGGAUCGGGCUAUAUAAGACAGCAAUAUAAGGCCUAUUCGAAUUCAAUGCGGCCGAGACUGCGAAUCGUGUCACGUUCGUAUUACCUAUAUCAAUAACGACAACAACAAAUCAAGUUAAGGUGAUUAAACUUCAAAUAGGUUUGAAGCACCCCCAUAACGGACGCCAGAGUACGUUAAGGAUCCGUGAAUACAUCCCAACAAGCGACAGGAAAACCUGCAGUUAUGUGUACAAAAUCUCAUUAUGUUAACUUAACAUUUUGUCGCACAUUUAAUACCUCGGGAAAUAUGGUCACUUAUUUUUCCCUAGAUUAUUUUCAGUGACAUAUGUGUAACUAUAGUCAGCAGCAAAUACACGCGGGCGAAGAGUUCAAGAUUUUUAAAUUCUGUAUGCCCAUUGCUGUGAUUGCAAGAGGCUAGCCUAGAUAGGCAGUUAUUUACAUCGUUGCACAUCUGGUGCUGACUGUGCUAUUCUCAAGCAAGUAUCAAGAUUGCUUGCUAGCAUCAACGCGCGUUAUAAAACUUAGCACAAAUUAAUGUAGGUAUAGUAUAAACGACAGACUCCCUGAUGGUAUAGAGAUAUAUCUACUUAUAAAUUAGCUGGUAUAUUCCUGAACAGGCACUUAUCUAUCAGAAUAAAUAUAGGUAAGGUCAAUGUGGAGAAUACCGUCUACAAUUAAGCUCUUUCGUCACUUUUGACACUUGCGUUUGUACAGUCGCUAUCCGAUAUAUCUGAGCGGCCGAGGUUCUCAAAAAUAUCUGAACACGCACUCUAAAGCGGCCCACUGAUUAACUGUCCGCCGGACGCUAUCGGUCUGUCAGUUCGGAACUGUCAACUUUUUGUUCUAACUGACAGGCUGAUACCGUCCGGCGGACUGUUAAUCAGUGGGCCCCUUAACGCCUUAACAAUAGAGGUGUAUUCAGAUAUUUGUGAGCACCAUGGCCGCUCCGAUGUAUCUGAUGGCGAUUGUACAGUCAGCGUCAAAUACUUUGUAGCAGUCAAAGUGGCCAAAUAGUUCGGUACACUAUACUAAAUAUAGGGUGUACCGAACUAUUUGGCUACUUUGGUUGCUACAAAGUAUUUGACGCUGACUGUACACAUACUCAACGUACAGGUCGGUAAAGCAGGAGUGAAGCUUUCUUCCUUUCCUUUCUGACUGUGUCUGAGCACUUACUUUACUCUUUGGUCUGAGCGACGUACCUACAAUAAAUAUUAUAUGCGCCUCUUUCCCACAUUGACUUUACUAACGUCAGGUUUUUUUCAGUCAUUAAAUCAAAUGUUGACUUAUUCUAAACUUCUGCGACCCUGCUAGAAGGGAUCAAAGUGACAAUUUUCUUUUCAUGUCAAUAAUAUUUCGAAACAUAAUAAUUUCCUCAUAGGUAAUGUGAAAAGCAGUAUGAGUCACAUGGUAGCAAAAUUAUCGCUACCUUGGCCAUUAACACUUGCAUACCUCACUACGCUCAGGAUUCUAUUAUAUUAUGAAGAAUCCUUCACUUCGUUCAGGAUUCAAUGUACGCCCUCGCUGUAAAUAUGUCAUUUUGCUCCCUUGUGAUACAAUAUACUAUUGUAUCAUGCAACUAGUCUACUGAAUAAGAAUCUUUGUAAUAGUUUUUCACCAUUUUAUAAACGUAAAGGUGUUUAAUUUCUUAGUUUAUUUUUAUAUAUGUAUUACCUAUAUUAUGUCCUCACAACUGAGGUGGAAAGUUGUGUGUGCCACACGAGACUAAAUUUGUUUGAACCUCGUACUUACACUUUCGCUAUGCUCAACAUUCUAAUUAGAAUCACUCGCAGCAAAACACAACGUUGCUCUCUUGUUGGACAAACAACAUUUAUUUCUACCUUUCACACAUGUAGGUAGAUAGUAUAAGUUUAUAAGUGAGAUAAUAUCAAACGAAGCUAGGACUGCUGCGAUAAAAUAUAAUAACUAUCAAGUCUUAAAUAAAUUUGACCCUUUUUGCCAAAACUUCACUUUGUCGUUUGUCAAAAAGGAUUACUAUAGCAUCCUCAUGCCUUAAAUAUACACGAAGGAACCAUUGAUAAUUCUAUAAACCUAAGUAUAAAUGCUAUUGUAAGCCAAACUAUUACAAUAUUUUAGGGUAUUUUAGACACAGCUUUGAAAUUAUAACUACAUAGCUCAUAAAUUUGUGCCUUUUCUAUAACACUAUGCUUUUUACUCGAGGAUGUAAAAUUAAAUGGGAACAGGCUGUAAAAUAAUACUUUGAAUUCUUAAGCAAUAAUAAUGUAAAAGUUAAUAAUGUUGAUUCUGUAAAUAAUGAAAUAAAAGACAUUAUUUUAAAUUCAA